CCCCUGGGGGUGGCGUCACCAGAGGACGUUGCCCUUCGAACUUUCGGUACGCCACAUGUGUGGUGACGUCAAAUCAGGAAGUGAAAUCUUAACGUCAGACAGCAAUGGCGACUGCAGCUCUCCCGGAGGAAGUCAGUAACGACUUUCUCGAGUGUACGAUCUGUUGUGACACCUACAAGAACCCGAAGAUUCUUAUUCCCUGUCUGCACACCUUCUGUGAGCACUGCCUACGGGAAUGGGUACAGAAGAACGAUGGUGACACCUUUCCAUGCCCUAUUUGUCGACAACCAGUCCCCUUGCCCCAAGAUGGCGUCGACGGCCUGAAAAAUAACUCUCAUCUUGCUAGCUUGGUGAAAGCUGUGACCGAGCAUCACAAGAUCCGCCAAGGGAAAGAUGUUCUCGUCUGCACCAGCUGCGAUGAAGGGAAGCCGGCCACGUCCAGGUGUUCGGAGUGCGCUGAGUUCCUCUGCGCGAAUUGUGAGUCGGUACAUCGUCGCGUGAGAGCUACGAAGGCCCACACGCUCUUCACCUUUGAGGAACUGAAAACGGGAAAAUACGACAAAGUCUUCAGGGCCAGGACAGCUCCACCGUGCUCCAAGCAUUCGGGAGAGAUCUUGAAGCUCUACUGUAGGACCUGUGAGGCUCCCAUAUGCAGCGAAUGCGCCUUGUUUGAACACAGGGACUCACAGCACGACCUCAAGCGCAUAGAAGAGGUGGCUGCCGAGAAGAAAGAAACAAUCUUAGCUCUCACACCACAGUGCCAGGCCCGAAUGCAGUUAUUUCGUCAGACGGAAGAAGUACAGAAACGCUUGAAGGAACAACUCCAGCUGAAUGCAGAGGGAGCUCGUCAGAACGUCCACAAAACCGUACAGACACUAACCGCCCUUGUCAAGGAAGAAGGCGAACGGCUCCUAACCUGUAUUGAUACAGAGGAAAAGACUAGAAAGAAGCAGAUCGAUGCAGAGAUAGAGGCAGCACAGAUCAGUCUGGCAAGUGCCAAGAGUACAUGUGAGUUUGCAGAGACUCUGGCCAGGGAGGGAGGCGACUACGAAGUUGUAUCUUUCUCACAAGACAUGACAACAAGGCUGAAUGACCUGACUAAACCGCCUGCGGACGCAGUGGACUUUGAACUGGCAAACAUCACCGUUGAUUACUCUGUUAUGAGGCAGAAAGUAGCAACGAGUUGUCACCAAACUUCCGAAUAUUUCCUGUCAAAAUCAACUGCGAAAGAGCUGACCUCCAUGCUUAGAGAUGUGUCGCAAAGUCAACCGACCGAGGAUGUACCUCUAAACUUGGAAGCUCCGUGUAUUUUAAGGAGUUUGAAAGGGAUCGUUGAGGAUUGGGAAGAUUGGUCUGAACACAUGAAAGGUAUCUCAUGCGAAGAGCCACCAGAAGUGACAGUACAGAAAUCCACUAUCUCUGCGGACAUGGAGAAGGAACUACGAAAGGGAGACACGUGGUUCCUUGUCGCUGCCAAGUGGUGGAAACAGUGGACGAAGUACGUGGGAUAUGACUCUCAGGAUAUGUACGGAAUAGGUGACCCAGCAAAUCAUCCAGGGACGAUUGACAACUCAGCUCUGUUGAAAGACCCAAAGAAUCCUGAUGCUGUUUUCCUGAAAGACAAUCUGAUUGAUGAGUUGGAUUAUCGCCUUGUUCCUGUGGAGGCGUUCUGCAUACUUGUCUCCUGGUACGGAAUCAAAGACCGUCACGUCAUUCCCCGUAAGGUAGUUGAGCAUGGCCUGUUUGUAAAACACCUCAAAGUAGAAGUGUUCCUGGUGGAGCUGAAUCUGUACAGACAUCCCAACAUGGACCACUGUGUAACUCAACUGUACAGCAAAGGCGACACAAUAGGUCAAAUGGAAGAAGACAUGAGGACUCUCUUCAACAUUCCAAAGAAUCGGUCUGUGCGUCUGUGGAACAAGUACAUGUCUAAUACAUACGAGCAUUUAAACAAACCCGAAAACACUGUAGGGGAUUUUGGACUCUAUGGAGGCCAGAUCAUCGUGAUUGAGGAGCAAAACGCCGAUGGAUCAUGGCCGAGAGGGCCGAUGAAGACCAGACCUAAGAAGAUUCCGUGAAGCCAUUGUAGCUCAGUCUUUUGUAAACAAACAUAUCCUCUAAUGCUCCUCAUGAUUUUGAUCAACAUUAUAGAACUGUUAAAAAUCCACUGAUUCCUAGAUAAAUAUGUCAUGAUAGCUCUGUCUUAACUGAAAUUGGUCGCUCAGAACAAUAUGUCCGAAAGAUAAAAAAAAAUUAUAUUCAAGUUAGAGCUCGUUUUGGCGAUAGUGAUUAUAGUGUGCUUGUGCAAAAACGCAACACUUUAACACUAGUUACUUCUGUUAGAUUUGGAUAUCAUAUAGAAUCAAUGAAAUAUGGCAUAAUGUAUUACAUCAAGGUCAGGUAGGACAAGGGGCGUCAUUCCCACUUAGGAUAUGGCCAAUUUGUACAUCAAUCAAUCAAUCAAUCGAUCAAUCA